CGAGGUUGCUACGUGUACGUUCAAGGGGGAGGGGCAAGUAAGCAAGAAAAAAAAAGGAAAGGAGAGCGAAACGAUUUUUAUUUCAACAUCUUCAUAGAAAGUCAAAAGUUUGGAGUCAUGCCUAUACGUCGUGCAGCUGGGACUCCACCCCAGGAGACACCCCCCUCGGCUGCACCAGAUGGAGAGCCUGAUGCCAGCUCUGAGGAAUCUGCCUCUGUUGAGGAGGAGCAGGAGGUAGCACCCGCAGCCCCAGUAGCCAAGAAGGGGGAGGGUCAAGGAGAUGGUGAGGGCACAGGUGAAGGAGACCCAAAAGAGAAUGGUGAGAAACCUGAGGGAGAGAAACCUGAUGAAUCGACUGGAAAUAAGACUGAGGAGAAGAAGGCUGAGGGGGAAGAUGCUGAGAAGGAAGAGAAAGAUGGAGUGAAAGAGAAAGUCAAGAAGCCGGUUAAAAGGACCAUUCCCGCCUGGGCCACCAUGUCUGCAAGCAAACGUGCAACGCUCACUAAUAAGAACACCUCCACCAUGCAGCCGCCUAGGAUGGACGACAUCCUCAUCGAGGCUAUUGAGUCCUGCAAGGAGAAGACUGGGGCCUCAGCUCAUUCUGUCAUGAAGUACAUUGUGAAUAAAUACCCUAACCUGGAGCUGGACAAGAGGAAAUUCCUCCUCAAGAAGGCUCUCAAGAGGCAGCUGGAGAAGGGCACCAUCAAACAGCUGAAGGGUAAAGGCCUUUCUGGAAGCUUUACCAUUGGGAAGCAGCCCCCUAAUAAACCCACUGCUAAAGGGAAGCCGAUGGCAGUAGCACCUGGGUUGAAGGCCGAGACCCUUGGGGAUGCUCUGCCCCUGAUCAUCACACGGCUAUGUGAGCCCAAAGAGGCGUCUUACAUCCUGAUCAAGAAAUAUGUGGAGCAGCACUUUCCUCAACUCAACGUGGAGCAUCGGCCGGAUAUCCUAAAGAGUGGCCUGGUGAGAGCUGUGGACAAGGGUCAACUGGAGCAGAUCACUGGAAAAGGUGCCUCUGGAACAUUUCAGCUGAAGCGGGAAGGGGGCAAGUUCCUGCUUAAAGGUGGGCCCCUGGAGGACGCUAUCAUGACAGCCAUCGUGGCCAUGAACGAACCCAAGACUUGCAGCACUACCACACUCCGCAAAUUCCUGUUAGAGACAAACAAGGACAGCAUGGAGUACCGUGUGGUGAACAGCCUGAAGAGGACCCUGCAGAAGUGCAAAAUGAUGGGCUGGAUGGAGCAGAUCACUGGGAAUGGGCUAAACGGGACCUACCAGCUCUGCUACCCUUACCACCCCAGCCCAGCCAUUCUGUUCCCAGAAAAACAGAAAGCGAAAGAGCAGAAAAUGGCAGAGAAGGCCAAAUGCAGAAAGAUGGUUGACUCGUCUGAUGAGGAGGACUCUGAUGAGGAGGAAGAGGAGUCGUCUGAGGAGGAUGAGGAGUCAGAUGAUGAACCCCCUCCUAAGAGGAAAGCUGUGAAGCGGCCACCACCUAAAGCACGUCGCCCUCCACCCAGCAAGAAGUCACAGCCAGCAAGUCAGUCAAGGGCUAAGGGCAAGAAAAGGGCUGCCCCUGCGAAGAGAUCUGCACCCCCAGUCAAGAAACCAGCACCCCCAGCUAAGAAAGCAGCACCGCCAGCCAAGAAGUCUGCUCCCCCAGCGAGGAAACCCGUGCCACCAGCAAACAAACCAGUGCCCCCAGUUAAGAAACCUGCAGCCACCAGUAAAGCUGCAGCCUCAAAGAAGGCAUCCCCUCCAGCUAAGGCGGCACCCACACCAGUGAAGAAAGCUGCUCCGGCGAGCAAGCCCAAAACGCCCAUCGUCAAAAAGCUUACGAGCAGGGCAUCAAAGCGGCCAGCGCCCAAAAAGUCACCACCUGCAAAGAAGGAAGCAGCCAAAUCUGCAGUGAAGGCCAAGCCAGCAGCCCGCAAGUCUCUGAGGGAGAGGAAGUGAGCUCACUAUUGCCCAGCAGUGGAAGUUUAACUGUAGCUCUGAAGACCACAGUGCUCUGCCUCUAUUCUUGCUCUCUUUCGCAUCAUUGUUUUCCCCCUGUUUGGGGCUCUAGAAUUCUUCUCUGUAUGAUAGGGAUGUGACAGUUAUCACUUCAUGUCAAUUUACUGUACUUUGUGAACUGUUACAUUUCUGUGAAUCCAAUUUUUAAACGCCAUUGUGUAGAAAGUCCUCAUCAAAAACUGUAAAACUGCCUAGGUAUUCAAUUGUGUAAUUUCACAAUUUCCCUCACACACUUGUGUAUAUGCAGAGAUCUAACAUAAAAUCAGUGACUUGUCUUUUCAUUUUUAACAUUUCAUCCCAAUCCACUUUCCCAUAUUUUAGCUUGACACAUUCCUUGUAUAAAAAUAUAGAUUUCUCUACAUUUAAUCUGGAUAAACUCAAAUCUUAAAGGAUAUUGGGAUAUAUGUUAUUAAGUGAAUUUGAGAGCAUGAGAGACAACUUUCCUUUUAGUGAGUUAUGUUAUUUUAAUUAACAUUCCUUGAUCAGUUGCUGGGCCCUUGGUUGAAAUACUUAAUUUGAUUGGAGACUGACAUCAGGAAGCACAGUUUGUCAUUGUUAUGUUCAGUACUACUGCAUAGUAUUAGGGGAAUAUUUUUUUAAAGUGUGAAAACAAACUAAUCAGUUCAUUGUACCAUAUAAAGCUAAAAAAAAAAAAAAAAACUGUGUAAUAGUGCAGGAUUGAAUAAACUUCAUUUUGAAGGUGUGUAGCUCAUGUAUACCCUGCAUGCGUGUACUCUUUAUGUUAUGCUUUUUUCCAAGUCGUUAUUAAAAUGGCUUAUUUGUACUAAA